UUAACAUCUUCAUGAGAUGCUCAUUAACAGGAUAGUUGUGAUGUUUGUUGACUUCGGCUAAGAAAAACACCAACUUCAUGAAAUUGGCUUUUGUAAACAUCGCGCACCUUUUUGUUCUUUUUUUUGAUGAAUAAACAUACUUCCGUAUGCAAUAUAAAAAUGACCACUCUUUCAAAUCCCAAUCGGACUUCAUUGUUGAUAAAACCUUCCGAAUAUAGACCAGAUGCAGUAGUAACAGCAACGAUACCCACUCCAGGAACAGACCCUACCUCCACUUCACCCUCUUCCUUCAUUCAAAGAAGCAAUGUCAAACGCUCGGUAACGCCUUCAAAAAAAACAAAAACAACCAAAAAGUCUAUCAACAAGAGCAGCACUCCAGUUUCUCCCCCAAAAAUACAAUCGGAACCUACUUCUCAUCCUAAACACCAUUCUCCCGUUUCUCCACCAAAGAUUCCAAACCAAUCGUCGUCGUCUUCAUCAUCGUCUUCUCUCACUACAAAAACGCCUCCUUCUGGUGAAAAAAAAAUACCAAAUACUGUUCCAAAGAAAAAAGGAGGCGGAGGAAGCGCUGGAAUUUGGCUAAUCAUCGCUAUGCUCAUCAUCGCUGCAUCGGCAGGGGGAGCUUAUUACUACUUCUUCAUCUACAAGUGAAAACCCUUUUACCGCAAGAACGCCUUUUAG